AUGAAGGGUUUUACCUCGUUUCUUAUCGCUUCGGCGCUCGCAUUGAGGGGAGUAGCUGCACAGAAUGGAGACAAAGUCCUUCUAGCUGCGAACGUUCAGAAUGCUAGCUCGAAAACCGGACAAGUUGGUGAUAUCACGCCGGGUCAAGUAGAGUCUGCUACUGACGAUUCCAAUUUCAUAAACUUCUGUACAGGAAAAACCUUGACCGACGGUCUCCAAAUCAGAACCGGAUCAUGUAACGGGAUCGUUAUGGGCGAGAUCCCAGCGGCGAACAAGAUGGUUUCUACACUGUUGCUUUUCCCGAACCCAGAUUCAGAUCUCGAGGAAGGAGAUGACUUUACCAUCAGCCUGAGGACAAAUAACCUGAAAGCCGGAUUCUUCACAAACGCACAAGCAACAUACUACGCUGCUCCCCAAACAUUGGACCCUGACCUACAGAUCAUCAUCGGUCAUACUCACGUCACCGUCCAGCUCAUCGACGAUGCAUCCGGCCAACCACCACCAGCUGAAAUCUUUGCCUUCUUCAAGGGUAUCAACGUACCACAGGACGGAGACAACAUCCUAUCUGCUGUAGUUGCCGGUGGUCUUCCCGCCGGCAAGUAUCGUGUUUGCUCCAUGUCUUCUGCAAGCAACCACCAACCUGUUAUCAUGCCUGUGGCACAAAGGGGUGCACAGGACGAUUGCCAGAGGUUUACGGUUAAGCCUAAGGAUGGUAAUGGUGGUAAUAUUGAUCCUACACCGAGUGACAAUGAUCCUAAUGCCGGUGGUAACAACGGAGGCAACAACGGAGGCAACAAUGGUGGCAACAAUGGUGGAAACAAUGGUGGAAACAAUGGUGGAAACAAUGGUGGAAACAAUGGUGGAAACAAUGGUGGAAACAACGGAGGUAAUAACGGCGGGAACAAUGGGGGGAACAAUGGAGGUAACAAUGGUGGUAACAAUGGAGGCAAUAACGGUGGGAACAACGGCGGGAACAAUGGAGGGAACAACGGCGGGAACAAUGGAGGCAAUAACGGCGGGAACAACGGCGGGAACAAUGGAGGCAACAAUGGUGGAAAUAGACCAACCACCACCGCGACUACCACCCGCCUUCGCCCUACCGCGAGACCUACUGUAAAGCCAGGGCGACCGACUCCUGCUAGACCUGUUACCUUCCAAACAAGAACAACCAAGUCGAAGAAUACUAGGACCAGGAAGACCAGGACCAGGAAGACCAGGCCAUCGUUCACCAGGCCGACUUCAGUAGCUACUACUACAGCUGCGGCCCCUGCCACAACUACUUCCAUUGAAGAAGUCAAUCCUACGACCUCUGCUGAAGAUACUCCUGCGGUCCCCACCAUCAGCAGUCCCCCGGUUUUCUCCAAUGACACGGUUUCAACAAACUCGACAAUUUUGAGAAGAUAUAAGGUUCCAGCCCCAGUAUAUGUACCGAAACCCCUAUACUAA